AUGCCAGUCCUCUCCCCGCCUACACCAGCGCCCUCUCCCCGUCUCAGCGCGUUCAGCUUGUCGAGCAUCAUCGAUCGCAUAUCCGAGUCGGAUCCCGCCCACGUCUCUCGUCGUGAAUUCGCCGGUCUUUCCCCUCCAGUGCGACUCCAGUACCUUGCCGCUCUCCUCUCAGAUUGCACCCCAUCAGAGCUGCUCUUCGUCUCCACCACCAUCUCCCCGCUUUUGAGACGCGAUUUACUCCGUGACUUGCCUCCAGAGAUCUCCCUGCACAUCCUCAGCUAUCUAGACGACCCUCAGGCCCUGGCAAGAGCAAGCCGUGUCAGCAAAUCAUGGAACCGACUCCUGAACGAUCAGUGGCUCUGGAGACGCAUGUGCUAUAUCCACGGCUACGCUCUGGAGCAAGACGGCCAUGCGGAGGCCCAUCGCGGGAGGAGAGUGAGCGCUCGCCAUUCAGGCAUCGAAGGGUGCACUUCAAAUAUGCAUACAGCAUCAGUACGUCCUCGCCACAUGCGCCUAAUACGUUCACCUUAUUCCUCCUCAGCGAUGAACUGGAUGCACGGCGGGAAGCUGCUCCGCACACACCGCAUCCCGCUGGUAUCGACAAGCCAGGCGCUCGUGGCGCCGCGCAACCCCGCUGACGAGCCCGCCGCGGCGCCCGCCUCGGCCAUCCCCACGUCCAUCGCGCUGGACGACGCCUGGCUUGUCGUCGGGCUUGCGAACAGCCGCAUUCACGUGUUCAGCGCCAAGACGGGCGUGUUGAGCCGUACGCUGGUCGGCCACGAGUCCGGCGUGUGGGCCGUUGCGCUCCCCAAUGCGCUCGUCGUCAGCGGAGGAUGCGACAAGGAGCUGCGGGUAUGGGACGUCAAGUCAGGCUAUUGCAUCCACACCCUGCGUGGACAUACAUCGACGAUCCGGUGCCUCAGGGUGCUGCACGGGCGACCCGUCGCGGUGUCAGGCUCGCGCGACCGGACGCUGCGCGUGUGGGAUAUCCAGCGCGGGCGGCUCCUGCGCGUCCUGGAGGGCCACGAGCAGAGCGUGCGCUGCCUGGACAUCUGCGGCUCGCGCGUGGUCAGCGGGAGCUACGACACGACCUGCCGGCUGUGGGACGUGGACACGGGCGCAUGCCUGCAUGUCUUGCGCGGGCACUUCAACCAGAUAUACUCCGUCGCGUUCGACGGCGUGCGCGUCGCCUCCGGGGGGCUCGACACGACGGUGCGCGUGUGGGACGCGGCUACGGGGACAUGUCUUGCGCUUCUCCAGGGGCACACCGCCCUCGUGUGCCAGCUGCAGCUCUCGCCAACGAUGCUCGCGACGGGCGGGUCGGACGGCCGCGUGAUCAUCUUCGCGCUGGGCGCGUCGUACCAGAUCGUGCAGCGGCUCGCGGCGCACGACAGCUCUGUGACCGGGCUGCAGCUCGAUGACCGGUUCCUUGUGACGAGCGGGAACGACGGGCGUGCACGGCUGUACCGGUUCGCGGGCGAGGGCGGCACGGGGGAGUAUGUGCCCGUGCGCGACCUGAGCGAGUCGAGCGAUAGCGUGUGGAAGGUCGCGUACAUGCGCGAGACGUGCGUGGUGAUGUGCAAGCGCGCAGGUAAGACCGUCCUGGAGAUCUGGAGCUUCAAGCCGGAUGACGACAGCUGAGGGCCACGCAUUGCCGAUGCUUUGGCGGGAGCCGUCGCUGCAGAAUGUCAGAAUCACGCGUGUUACUUUUUUGGAUCUGGAUAUGUAUCAUUAUAGAUGGUAUCUGGUUGUAAUGUCACGGCUUUCAUGCAUUUUGCGUUU